AGCGCUGCAUUAAAUUAUUUCGUUGAUUUUUUAACUAGCUAAUUUAAUCCAUCCAGCUAGCGACAACUUUUUUUCUUCUUUCAUUAAUAAAAGUGACUUAAUCUCAGUAUAAAUUUUUAAAAAUGGAUAUCAAGGACAUUAAAGGUGACAUAACAGGUAAAGCCACCGAUGUCUGGUCAAAGAACAAGUAUGCUAUUAUUGGAGCAGUAGCUGGCCUCCUUGUCUUUUUCUGCGUUAUGUGUUAUUGCUGUAUAAGAUGUCGGAGAAAGAAGAAGAAGAAGGACGCCGAAAAAAUCAAACUGAAAGGUGCCAAGCCGACAAAAAAAUUAAAGCGAAUUCAACCAAAUAAAACUGAAAGAAAAGCAAUGGAAGAACUUGGCUCAGUAAAAUUUACUUUGCAGUAUGACAAGACGAGUGAAAUGUUGAUGGUGAAAGUGUUGGAGACUACAGAUGUUCCUGUGCGUGAUCUAAGCGGUUAUGCUUAUGCUUUCGUUGUUGUGAAGCUACUCCCCCAUCAUGAACAUGAAGAGGCGGAGUAUAAAACAAAGAUGGUUCGCGCUGGAUUCUGGCCUGCAUUCGGUGAUAUGUUCUCUUUCGUUAUCGAAAAGGAGGAUUUGAAAGAACAGGUGUUAUAUUUGUAUCAGUACGAAUUGAAUCGAUGGUCAAAACAGGACGGUAUUGGACAGAUAGCAUAUGAGGUUAAGGAUGGAAAUCUUUUAAGUGAGAAAGUGGGUGAAAUUGAAGUGACUCGAAAGUUGCGACCCUAUAAUCCUUUGCUAGGAUUGGAAGUAGAAGCAGGUGCUGUUUACCUGGCGUUGGAGUAUGAUGCAGAAACAUGGGAAUUAAAGGUGGAAAUUCGACAAGCCGAUAUCAUUCCACAGGAUGAAGAUCAAGAAAAAGCCAGUUCCUAUGUAACUUUGACGUUGUUGAAUAAAGACGACGAAAAACUGGAGAAACGCAGAACAAGCAACAAACGGGGCACGUUACAACCUUCUUACGAUACCGAAGUGACAUAUAACGUGCCAGAUAACUUGUUACCUGAAGUCAAAAUGUUAUUAAAACUCAAGUCAAAGCAUUAUUUUAAACCUAGCUCGGUGCUUGGUAAAACUACUAUUUUGCCGACAUCUGAUAAUUGGAAACAAUUAUUAGACAAGGAAUAUACCGAGGGUUGGUUUUCCGUUUUUACGAAACCUAAAACGAAAUAAAUUAUAUAGGAAAUAUAUAGUAAGCUUAAUAUUAGUAAUGUCACAAAACACUCAUUCGGAAGCGCGGCGACCAUUCGAUCAUUCGAACCUUUAAAAUCACAAUUGUUCGAUCUUCGAAUUCUGUAGGAAUGAGGUUAAAUGCUUGCAUUGCUUCAGGGAGUACAACCGUUCUUCGAGUUAAUUCGAACCUUUUACUGUUCAGUGUAUAUGAAAUGCACAACCUUCUCUUUACAUGACUUGUUAUUCUAGGCCUUGUAAAAAGUGGUGAGAGGAAUAUUUUACUUGUAAAAUGAUUUUAUAACUUCAUUUUUUAAUUUCCAAUUCUUUGUAUAUGAGUUGUGUUUUGUUUUUUAGUGAUUUGACUCGAAAAAUAUAAUUUUUCAUGUAUUGCAAAAUUUGAAGUACAAUAGCUUCAUAUUUUUUAGUUACCGAAUGCUCAAUUAAGCGUCAGGGGAACUUUUGAUAUCAAAACGUAUUCAUUUACAUAUCCUGGGAGAGCUUAAUCUGGACAUGGGGCGCUUAAUCCGGACAGGGAGCGCUUUUUAAGGAGGGCGCUUAGUCGAGCAUUUAAGGUUUAAUCUUGAACUUGCACUGCAUGCUUUUUACAUAACCAAACAGAGGAGGUUUUUUAAUUAUUUCAUGAUUUUAAUACCAAACUUUAGUAUAACUGAGUUAGGUGUUAUCUCGUUUUGGUUGGACUUAGUGCGUCUCUCUUAAAGUAAUGAACAACUGCAAUUUACAAUAAAGUUAAAUUUUUUUUAAAAAAAAAUUGUGUCAAGCAAAGUGGGAUAUUAAGACAUUGUAUGCUUCCCGAAAUUUUCUUAUUUUUCUGAGCAAAAUAAACUGUACUAAGAAAAGUUUUCAAAAUCUUUGGUUUCUUAUAACGAAUCUUUUAUAAAAAAAGGGUAUAGAAGGAAUUUUACGAAUGAGAGGAAAAAAAGCGGUUUGUAGAAGCACUAAAUGCUGCGUAUGAGCUUGCUUAAAUUUUAUGGGAUUAGCAACUUUUUCUAAAAAUAUUUCAAAAAAGUAUAUUUUCAUUAAUGUUGUGACGACAUUAUUUUAUAAAACGUGCGCAGUGCUAUCAGGUUGAGAAUUUUUUUUGUCUUUUUUAUACAUUGUAAUAUUUGUAUCUGGUAUUUAAUAUUUCAUUUUUUAAGAUGAAAGAGAAAUUUUAUUGGAAA